AUGAAUCCUGUAGAAGUUAUUACCUCCUACACUUCCAUGUGUCAAAGGAGCUGUUACUGAUGGGAGAUGUGAAAGUUUGAGUAUGAGCACAGUUGAAGAAGAGUCUGACACAGUGACAGUAGAAACCGUGAACUCUGUGACUUUGACUCAGGACACUGAAGGGAACCUUAUACUUCAUUGCCCUCAAAAUGAAGCUGAUGAAGUAGAUUCUGAAGACAGCACUGAACCUCCACACAAGAGGCUUUGCUUGUCAGAGGAUGAUCAAAGCCUUGAUGAUUCCACCCCAUGCAUUUCUGUCGUUGCAGUUCCAAUUUCAGAAAAUGAGCAGAGCUUCGAGGUGACCAUGACUGCUACCACUGAGGUAGCUGAAGAUGAAAUUAACGAAGGAACUGUUACUCAGAUUCAGAUUCUUCAGAAUGAGCAGCUGGAUGAAAUCUCCCCAAUGGGCAAUGAAGAAGUGUCAGCUGUUAGUCAAGCCUGGUUCACAACCAAGGAGGAUAAGGAUUCUCUAACAAAUAAAGGCCAUAAGUGGAAGCAAGGGAUGUGGUCCAAGGAAGAAAUUGAUAUUUUGAUGAGUAACAUUGAGCGUUAUUUAAAGGCCCGUGGAAUAAAAGAUGCCACUGAAAUUAUAUUUGAAAUGUCAAAAGAUGAAAGAAAAGAUUUCUACAGGACAAUAGCUUGGGGUCUGAAUAGGCCUCUCUUUGCUGUCUAUAGAAGAGUUCUUCGCAUGUAUGAUGACAGAAAUCAUGUUGGAAAGUAUACUCCUGAGGAAAUUGAAAAGCUUAAAGAGCUGAGAGUAAAGCAUGGAAACGAUUGGGCCACAAUAGGAGCUGCCCUGGGGAGAAGUGCUUCAUCUGUAAAAGAUCGGUGUAGACUGAUGAAGGAUACCUGCAACACAGGGAAGUGGACAGAGAAGGAAGAAAAAAGACUAGCAGAGGUAGUGCACGAGCUAACAAGCACAGAACCAGGUGACAUUGUCACACAAGGUGUAUCGUGGGCUGCUGUGGCAGAACGGGUCGGGACGCGCUCUGAAAAGCAAUGCCGCUCUAAAUGGCUCAACUAUCUCAACUGGAAACAAAGUGGGGGCACUGAGUGGACCAAGGAAGAUGAAAUAAAUCUCAUCUUGAGGAUAGCGGAACUUGAAGUUUCUGAUGAAAAUGACAUCAAUUGGGAUUUACUAGCUGAAGGAUGGAGUAGUGUCCGCUCACCACAGUGGCUUCGGAGUAAAUGGUGGACCAUUAAAAGACAGAUUGCAAACCACAAAGAUGUUUCAUUCCCUGUGCUGAUAAAGGGUCUUAAACAGCUCCAUGAGAACCAAAAAAACAACCCAGGGCACCAGCUUUCGGAGAACAAAUCUGGAAGUGGAUUACCAAACACCAAUCCCAGCUCGGGGGUGCAGCACGUGCAGAUUCGAGUGGCUCGCUUAGAGGAGAACGCAGGCAACGCACCGAGCCCUAUGGCAGCUUUGCAGAUUCCAGUCCAGAUUACCCAUGUCUCCUCAACUGAUUCCCCUGCUGCUACUGUUGACUCUGAGACAAUAACACUAAACAGUGGAACACUACAGACCUUUGAGAUUCUUCCAUCUUUCCAUCUCCAGCCGACUGGAACACCGGGUACAUACUUACUACAGACAAGCUCAAGCCAGGGCCUUCCUUUAACACUGACGACUAGUCCUACCAUGACCCUAACAGCUGCUGCUGCUCCAGCUUCCCCAGAACAGAUCAUAGUUCAUGCCUUAUCGCCAGAGCAUUUGUUAAACACAAGUGACAAUGUCACAGUGCAGUGCCACACGCCGAGUGUCAUAAUCCGCACCGUUGCUGCCGAAGAGAUCUCCUCCUCUGUCACUCAGGCAGAACUUACAGUUGAUUCAGACAUUCAGUCGGCCCAUCUGACAGAUCCUCCUGACACCCUGGAAACAAACACCUUCCCGGAUGAUAUCCAUCAGUCCAAGCUGAGCGAUCAACAGUCAGCCUACAAUGAAGAUGAGGCCUCCAAAUUCAGCAGCAGGGAUAGUAGUGAACUGAUGGAUGGAGUUAUGGUAAGAACUGAGGAGGGAAUUUCAGACGCCAGCCUGAAACAGGAAGAGGAUUCACACUCUGAUUUACCCAGCACUUACGUUACUGAGGACCUGGGUUCUCCAACGAUAGAAGAACAAGUUGAUCAGCCUACAAUAGAUGAUGAGGCUGUGCUUAUUGUUCCUUCUUCCCAUGGUUUUAUCCAGACAACAGAUGAUAUAGACAACGAAUCAGUCUUGCCCCUGACAACUCUAACAGAUCCUAUCCUGCAGCAUCACGGAGAUGGGUCACACAUUAUUGGCUCAUCGUUGGGCAGUCCUGACUCAGAAGAUUCAAAGGAUGUUGAAGAUUUAGUGAGCUGUCACUGAGAAGCAGAAAUUGUGUCCAUUUUCUAUUGACCAUGUUUGCGUUGUGAAAUCAGUUACAACCCUGUGCCACAUUUCCAAAGAAAGGAGUCAGGCUGUGUCCUUAAACAGAAACUUCCAGUGUGAAAUGACUACAGUGCACUUUCUCUGCUCAGGCUGGUUACCUCCUUUGUCAAGGGUCACAGAGCAGCCAGCUGAAGCCUCAUGUACUGCGUCUCAGCC